AUGUCCUUCAACAUUGGCCCUCUUGGCCCUGCUUCCUCUGCGCGUAGUAGGAAUACCCGAAUCAUUCGUGGGGACUACUCAGGCGAAGGCCACAGACCUCACUGUGACGAUGAUGAUGAUGAUAUCGCGCUGGUAGAACGUCGAAGAUCUUCCGAACGAUCUCCCACCCGUCCAUCUGCGCCAUCGGGUACACGCAUGCCAUCCGGUUAUCCGGUCAACGCUCGAAAUGAUCGCUACCACCAUAACCAGUCUCUCAAUGAGCAGACUGAUCUCGACCCUCGAACGCCCGAGGCUGAACAACAAAGGUUUUGGGACCAGACCUCAAGGAUUACGCGCCGGCCUGGAGAUGCCGAGAGCACAAGACAUACGAUGGAGUCGGACUAUAAGGAUUGGCUUGAUGAACAAGCUGAUGCAAUCAGGACGGUGUAUACGGGAUGGAUUGUCAAGGUGCAAGAUGCUCAGCAGGCACUUGAGCAAGCGAGGACCCGUACGAAAAAGCUGGGCGACGACAAUCGUUCGGCUCUUUCAAUUCUGCAAGCACGCACCGAGCGAGGACAUAAUGACAGGUCGGAUUUGGAAAGCCGCUUGAACACUUUGAGUGUCCUAUCCGAGUCUUACACUGUGGCCGUGGAAAAAGAGCGAGCGGCACAGCAAAACCUGGAUCAUCUGCGGGAGGAUCAGGCUUUCCUCGCAGAGAGCGGCUGGAGAAUGGUGAAAGAGGCUGCGGACGCCAAGACAUUCGGACCGAGCUUUGAUACUGCUUUGAAUAGUUGGAGCAAGUUUGCGAUUACGUGUGAUUGCGGACAGAAUCCUCAUGAUCAGCGCUGCUUGACGGCGAACCCGACGUACUGGGACAAGUAUAUGCAAAAGCACAGUAGGGAUAGUCGUCGUCAAGAAGAGGAGAGCGCGAGACUCAGCUACCAACGCGAGUUCGAACCCGAUCUGCAGUAA